AACAGGUAUUGGCAUUUCCAUUGGUCUGUUGAAUUUAUGUUACGUCAGCUAUGUAUCUACAAUGCGCUACUGGUUACUGGAGUAUUUGAGGCAGUCAUUCACUACUGAGCUACCAUGGACCUCUUGUGGGAACACAUGGAAUACUAAUUCAUGUAUAGUUUCGCACAAACUCUUGUCAUCGAGUACUAAUGGCAGUCAAUGGAAUUCCAUAGGAAAUUUUUCCAAUUAUACAGACAACGCAGAUGUUUCAGCAGAGGAAGAAUUUUGGCAAAACAAUAUCCUAUCAAUGACAGAUGGAAUUGGUGAAGUAGGUUAUCUCCGAUGGCGUCUUGUGAUAUGGGGAAUUGUCCUCAAAAUUAUUGUAAUCAUUUGCCUUUUGAAGAGCGUGAAGACGCUAGGAAAGGUGAUGCUUUUCUCCACAUUCCUGCCACCACUUAUUGGAUUAGCGAUGCUUAUACAAUCGUUUACUCAGACUGGUGCCAAAGAUGGCUUAUUAUUCCUCAUUACACCAGAUUUCAACAAAUUAUCUGACUCUAAGGUAUGGAUGGAAGCAACGUUCAUGGCCUUUUAUAGUCUCGGCCCAGGCUGGGGCGGUGUAAUGAUGAUGGGUAGUCACAUGAAAUUCCACACGAACUGUCUAAGAAAUGUUCUACUAGCCAUUUUCGGGGAUGUUUUUGUAUCGAUAUUCAGCAGCGUUGUCCUCUUCUCUGUCAUUGGGGUGAUGGCAAGCGAAAUUGGUGUCCCGGUGGAGGACGUCAUUCAAUCUGGUAUGUCUGUAGGCCUUGUAGGCUACAGUCGGGCAUUGGCCUACCUACCUGCUUCGUAUAUUUGGGCUGUGAUAUUCUUCUUUGCUGUCAUUACCGUAGGACUUGACGCACAGGUAGUUUGUACAGAGACGGUGGUGUCAUUCCUGGAAGGAUUCGGUGUUAGAUUAGGUCGACAUAGACACCUACUCCUUGUACUUCUGAUCAGUAUUUUCACGCUUCUUCUCAACCUCCCCUUCUGCACACAGUCGGGUCCGUACAUGUUCCAGCUUGUUGACUGGUAUCUUCCUACUUGGUCGGUGGUAGUGAUAGCCUUAUUAGAGGUUAUUGCCAUCAUGUGGUUUUAUGAUACUGGCGAAUGGUUCAACUGAAACGUUUGUUCACAAAAGUGGAGGUGAUCGUGUUGACUAUGGUCUUAAAGAUAUGAUCGGUCGAAAAAUGCCACAUAUGAUACGACUAGCAGCGGCUUAUAUAUCCCCUGCCUUAUUACUGCUUUUACUCCUGAUUAGCUUUGUCAAGUACCGACCACCGAAGUACGGCUCAUAUGAAUACCCGGAGUACACACGUGUGAUUGGCUGGGUGAUCUCGUGUUCUGUUGUCAUCCCCAUACCCCUUCACACAGGCUGGCAACUUUCCAAGUUGAAAGGAACUCUAAAGCAGAGAUGGACAGCUCUGACGCAACCUAGUGACGAAUGGGGCCCCAGUAGCAGUGCUCAUCGCCUAGAGUACCUGGAGCGGUCACAGGUCGAGCGAUCAUGGACAGAUAUCGCCUACUACAAUUUGAUUGGCAGAGAGAGAUACUCUCCUAAUAGAAAAAGUGAAACUCUAGCAUUAUUUUGAGUUAUUUUUCAAGAAUGUCUGCGAUAUAUCCAUCUUAUAAAGUUUCAUAUAUUUAGCGACUGUGUAUUUAAUUGACUAAUGUAUAAUUCGAUUUAAUAUUUCC